UUCUAGCACUAUAAAGUCCCUCAUCGUCUCCCACCUCUCGCGCCGCCACUUCACUCCCCGCAAAACCCUAGCCCUCUCCCGCGCCGCCGCCGCCCCAGGUAAGAAGGAGAGGAGGCCGAGAUGGUGAAGCACAACAACGUCAUCUCCAGCGGCAACGUCAAGAAGGACUGGCAGAGGCAUGUCAAGACGUGGUUCAACCAGCCGGCCCGCAAGCAGAGGCGCCGCAUCGCUCGCCAAAAGAAGGCUGUGAAGAUCUUCCCACGCCCAACAUCUGGACCUCUUCGCCCCAUUGUGCAAUGCCAGACUCUCAAGUACAACAUGAAGGCCAGGGCUGGCAGGGGAUUUACUCUUGAGGAGCUCAAGGCUGCUGGCAUCCCGAAGAAGCUGGCUCCCACAAUUGGCAUCUCUGUGGACCACCGCCGCAAGAACAGGUCACUUGAGGGUCUGCAGACCAAUGUCCAGAGGCUGAAAACCUACAAGGCCAAGCUUGUUAUCUUCCCAAGGCGUGCUCGCAAGGUCAAGGCUGGUGAUUCUACCCCAGAGGAGCUUGCCAACGCCACCCAGGUCCAGGGCGACUACAUGCCCAUUGCUCGUGGCGAGAAGCGCUCUGUGGAGGUUGUCAAGGUGACAGAGGAGAUGAAGGCAUUCAAGGCCUACGGCAAGCUCCGUGUCGAGAGGAUGAACCAGCGCCAGCUUGGGGCCCGUCUGAAGAAGGCUGCCGAGGCAGAGAAGGAGGAGAAGAAGUGAUGAGCUCUUCUGAUCGUUGCCAAGUGCUAGUUUCUAAGUUUUUGUUUUGCCCUCGUUGGACACCUUGUUGUUUGAUACCUGAUAUACUUAUUCGCAUGAUCUGCUAUCGAAUCUUAUGCUAUGAGUGUCUUUGGAUAUUUUGCA